AUGAUGAAAACUUUAGCAGGGAUAACCCCAUCUGGAUUUUUCAGUUUUGUGUCAAAACUGUGGAGUGGAAGUACAAGUGACCGAAAACUCACUCUGAAGAGUGGGGUUUUGGACCUGCUUACCAAGCGAACGGCCUACAUUAACAUGCCCCCUUUUUCCGAGAAAGGUAACUUAUAUGUACACUUCCUGCACAAGAGUUUCCUCAAAGUGUUAGAAAUUGAGUAUACAAAGAUACAGAAGAUUUCUCUGUAAAUCUCUGUAAAGAUACAGAGAUUUCUGUAAAGAUGCAGAGAUUUAUCCACUCCAGGGUUCUCGGGGUGUAUUUGUGUGCUGGUUUUGCACACUCAUUGAGAGAGCCACAGAAAGACUGAAAGAGUUCCAUUCGAUUCCAUAUUCUUCAAGGCAAUCUACCUAUACCACUUGUACCACUUGCUGAUAAAAUACUAAUAGUUUGUGCUGCUUUGUGUAAUCUUCUACCCCCACUAACAAAGUAG